AGAAAUUCUUGAUUACGUGUCAAAAUUAACGGAAUAUUCCCAGUACAAAUGAAUAUAGGGCUUAAAUAAUUGAAUAACAUGUCCGCUGCUUACGUUGGAAAUAUUGAGUUUAUCUCAUUUGUACUUGUUGAUCAAAUCUUCCGAGACCACUUCUCUGUAAAUCGCGAAGACGUCUGGAGUGAAUGUUGCUGUGGUCAAAGUUUGAUUCAUCUGAGCUUGUAUCAUUGAUUUUUAUUUCCAUUGUGUCAAUUCCAAAAGCAAUGUAGGAAAACCCCCACAAAAGUUAUUGGUAUAAAUCCUUUAAGUGUUUAAAAAAUUCUUUUUAUCAAAAAUUCAGUCUCUUUGUCAAGUACACAAACGGUUCUGCGGUUUAAAAGGGAAAUCGUAAUACGCAGGCAAUUUUAAAUAAAGAUGCUGACCAUAGAAUGAGUUGUAUCUUGACAUUCAGAUGAGCUUUGUUUGACACCAGCACCAGUGUCGGGUCUUUUUGAACCAAAAUAUAAUUAAGCAACUACAAGACAUCAAUUAUUAAGGAUCCAUUUAAACAGAGAACUUCCAUUCCAUAAGCGCCCUACUAUUACUCAAAAAUUAUUGGAGGCUGCUCUCGUGUUAUGGCAUCGAUGGCUAACUCAUCACACCUGUCGGAGAUUAAGACUUUAUUUUCUACAUUUGACAAAAACAAGGACGGCUACCUGACAUCUAAAGAAGUUGCAGCUCUACUGCAGUCAGGGAAGCUCAGUGCAAAUGUACCCUACAAUGCUAUACAAAAGGUCGUGCGGGAAGUCGAAAAAAGGGACAAAAAGAUGGUGAACAUUACGCAGCUUAUGGAGGUCUUAGGACGGCACUGCUCCGAGUUUAAUCCAAUGGCAGACAUGAUGGAAGCCUUCAAGGUGUUCGACAAGAAUGGCGACGGCGUGAUUAGCGUGUCAGAACUACGUCACGUGAUGAACAACCUCGGAGAGAGGCUGACAGACCGAGAGCUUCAGCAGAUGUUCAGAAACGCCGAUCAAGAUGGCGAUGGAGAAAUCAACUUCAAUGAAUUCUUAAAAAUGAUGACGAACAGCUAGAAGAUAUGCUAUGGGACUUUUAACUGUUAUUUUUUCACAGAUAUCGAUGAGAGUAUGAUACGACACAAUUUCCUUUAUAGCUAUCCAUGAACUUUACUAGUGUCUUAUUUUAACACGGAUAAAUCAAUGUUUAUCUACAGACGGUCUAAGAGUAUUGUCAACCUAAAACAUUGAUCAAGCACACAAAACAAAGCUUUACAUCAAAGUUUAAUGAGGAAAUCCUCUUUCGCUUUCAGCCUGCUGUACAGUAGUAACUUUCUAUUAUUCAUUCGAUAAAAAAAGUUUUGUAUAUUUUGUUUGAGUAUGUUAUAUGCAAGUGAAAUUAAACUGCACAAUUUUUAGUGUUGUUCAUAUUUGGAAUUCCAAGUAUUAAGGAAAAAAAAUCCAAUUUGUAUUAUAAAAACAUUUAAGAAAUAAUGACUAUUCCAAUAAUCACGUGUCUCCUCAAUCUGACACACACACACAGAUAUCCCAGUGGUCACGUGUCUCCUCAAUCUGACACACACACAUAUAUCCCAAUAAUCACGUGUCUCCUCAAUCUGACACACACACACAGAUAUCCCAAUAGUCACGUGUCUCCUCCAUCUGACACACAGGUAUUGCAAUAGUCGCAUGUCUCCUCCAUCUGACACACGGGUAUUGCAAUAGUCAUGUGUCUCCUCAAUCUGACACACACAGAUAUCCCAAUAGUCACAUGUCUUCUCAAUCUGACACACAAACAGAUAUCCCA